AUGGCCGACAUUACAAAGCUGACAAUCGAUGUCACUUCCGACUACCUGUGCCCAUUCUGCCUGCUUGGCAUGAAGCAGCUCGAGAUUGCCGUGGCAAAGUACCACCAGCAGUACCCCGGUGUCGAGUUCAACAUCCGGCUGCACCCGUUCCAGCUGAACGGUCUCUUGACCGAGACGCCCGUGUCGCGUCGUGAAUGGGGCGAGAAGAAGUUUGGCGCCGAGCGUUGGGCGGCCGUCUCUGCCAGCCUGCGCGACAAGUUCCGCGGCGUCGGCAUCGAGCCCGCCACCGACAGCUACAUGUCGUCGUCGCACCUCGCCCACCGCCUGACCGAGUACGCGCACGAGGUCAAGCCUGCGUCGCAGCUUGGCGUGGCCAUGGACCUGUUUGCGCUGUACCACAUCAACGGCACGCACCUGUCCGACAAGGCCGCGCUGGCCACGCUCGCCACCAAGCACGGCCUGUUCAAGAACCCCGACGAGGCCCGCGUGUGGCUCGACGGCCCCGGAUCCGACCUCACCGUCAAAAAGGCCUACCAGCGCGCCCAGCGUAACGGCAUCACGGGCGUCCCCUUCUUCGUCUUCCAGGACAAGUACGCCGCCAGCGGCGCCAUGGGCGUCGACGAGUUUGUCAACAUCAUCACCGAGAUUACAAAGCGCGAAAAGUCCUCGUCCCCACAGCCAAUGGCCGUCACUGGCGACCAGUGUAUCAUCCAGAACCCCCAGUUGCCUGUCUAA